CACUUUUCCUCGCACCGACGAAGAUCGUGGUGAAAUCUGCGAUAUUCCUUGUGGUACCGGUGAAAAUUUUAUCCCAGCUUGCGAAAAGUGCUCUGAAGUCGGCAUCUGCGAGCGCUGUGUGACCUCUCUUUUGGGUCAGUUCGAACUGUCAUCCGACCAAAAGAAGUGCUUGAAGACAACAGGCGUGUUUUGGGAAGUUGCCAAGAAAAUGAUUUAUGGCAAUAGACCUAGGCUUCUGUGACUCUCAUUGUAAAAAAUUAUAAUGGGAAUACAAUUAGUACAACUCAUGCAUAAUCCUUCUGGCACUUAUCUCACGCUUAAUCCGUUAAUACUCAUGCAUCUACUCUCCAACCAUUUCAUUUUCUUGCCUCUUACCAUCUCCUCUAUGAAAGGAACAAGUGCACUCACACUCACGAAAUUGACUAGAAUUCAACUGGGAAUUUAGCUACUUCCUUGAGUGUGAGUGCACUUUUUCCUUGCAUAUCCUCUUCGCUCCUUUCAUCCCUCACUCUGGUCCUUCCUUAUUUCGGCCGGCAUCUUGCUGUGGAUGGGCUGCAUCCGUACCGAAGACAACACCAGAGGGUUGC